UUGAGUUGAAAGACAGUCCAUGGCCGUCUUUGAAUUACUCUUACUGUACUUGCAUUCUUUCCAAGUUCAAGCAAAAAAGAUGAUCGAUGCACCAAGAAAUAUUUCCUUCGCUUUCUGGAUUUCAUGCCUGAUCCUCUUCAUCCCAGGCACUCCUGUCGGUGCACAGACAUAUGUUCAGGAGCGGUGUGCAGAUAGGGGCGACUACGCUGCUCCUAGCAAGUUUCAGGACAACCUCAGCAGCCUCCUCUCCAAGGGCUACUCCGCUGACUACAGCAAAGGACCCAUUCGCGGUUUCUACAACACAACGGAAGGUGAAGAUCCGGACAAAGUUCAUGGUCUCUUCCUCUGCAGAGGGGAGGUUGCCACCAAUCAAUGUCAGUCUUGCAUCCGUAAAGCUAGCAACACCAUCAUAGAAAGAUGUCCAGGACAGAAAGAGGCGAUGAUAUGGUAUGAUGAGUGUCUCCUGCGCUACUCUAACAGAUCGUUCUUCUCUAUCAUGGAGACAAGACCGAUUAUUUUUGUUGUCGACCCUGCGAACAAUUCAGUUACCUUCAACAAGAUUGUGGAGCAAACUUUUGAUAAUGAGAACUUUGCGGCAAAAGUGACAGAUUUGGCAAGAAAUGUCACGGACAUGGCAAUCUCCUCAGAAAGCUUAUACGCAACCAUAAACGUUAAUGUCUCAAGUUCAGUGACCCUGCAUGAGCGUGUACAGUGCACCCCCGACAUCAUAAAGUCAGCUUGUAAGAGUUGCUUGCUUUCUGCUAUCAAAGAGUUUCCUACCGCUCUUAAUUAUAAAAGGGGAGGUGCGAGAAUUCUUCAGCCAAGUUGUUAUGUACUGUACCGAAUGGAUGUUGCUGGGGAACCUGGAGGACAAGCACCAGCAUCUUCUGCAGCAAGUAAAGGGCUCAAACGAAUUCCAUGGAUUGCAAUAGUUAGCUCAGUAAUUGGAUCGGGGUUACUAAUAAUCAUCGUGGGUUCGUGUCUUUUCUUUAUGAGGAAAAAGAGAUUGAAGAAAGAGAUGGAAGACAGCCAAGAGGUUCAGUUACUUCAUCUACGACAAGAAAUUGGAGAAGAGUUUUCAAAGGAAAACUCUCGUGGACUGGCGGGUUCUCAAGAAUUAUCUCUGAUGCGAUUAGACAUCAUACGAGCAGCCACAGGAAACUUCUCCGAUGAAUGUAAACUUGGGGAAGGGGGGUUUGGUUCUGUGUACAGGGUAAGUAUUUCAGUGACUCAACACGUAUUUAUGGGGAAAUUGGGAAAAUCUUCUAAUGGUAGCAAAUUGGCCGAGUCAUUAUCAAUGGUUCAGGGCACAUUGGCAGAUGGAAAAGAAAUUGCAGUUAAGAGGCUUUCAAGAACCUCAGGCCAAGGACUCAUUGAGUUGAAGAACGAAGUCAUCUUGAUUGCCAGACUACAACACAGGAACCUUGUCCGAUUAUUGGGAUGCUGCUUGGAAGAAGAUGAAAAACUCUUGCUAUAUGAAUACUUGCCCAACAAAAGCCUGGAUGCCUUGCUUUUUGAUUCGAAUAUAGGGCGACAUCUAGAUUGGAAGCUACGCAUGAACAUCUCCUGUGGAGUAGCUCGGGGACUUCUCUAUUUGCAUGAGGAUUCUCGCCUGAAAAUUAUCCACAGGGAUUUGAAAGCUAGCAAUAUUUUGCUAGAUGGUGAGAUGAAUCCAAAGAUAUCCGAUUUUGGAAUGGCAAGGAUCUUCAGUGCAAAUCAAGACAAGGCAAACACAAACAGGGUUGUUGGAACCUAUGGAUACAUGGCACCGGAGUAUGCGAUGCAAGGACUUUUUUCUGUAAAAUCAGACGUCUUCAGUUUUGGAGUUCUCUUGCUAGAGAUAGUAAGCGGGCGCAAGAAUAAUGGUUUUCAUCUCCAAGAACAGGGUGAAAGCCUUCUCACAUUUGCAUGGAAGUUGUGGUCCGAAGGUCGACCAUUGGAACUUAUCGAUCCGUUAAUCAAUGAGUCAUGUGAUGAAGGUGAAGUGCUGAAAUGCAUACACGUUGGUCUAUUGUGCGUUCAAGAAGACCCAGCAGAUCGACCGGCUAUGUCACUCGUGGUUCAUAUUUUAGGAGGCGAUACCAUCACACUCGGCCGACCAUCGCAGCCUGCAUUCUCAGUUGGGAGAAAAGUGAAAAAACUUGAUCGUUUCGGGCACACUCAAGAAGCCUCAACCGUUAAUGGAAUAACCAUUUCGGUUGUUACGGCUAGGUGACCAAGUAUUAUACAAUGGAAAUGCUGCUAGUAAUAAUUGUGAUAUAUUUUAUCUUUUAGGACUGUGUAUAUAUCUCCAUCGUAAUAUAUUUAUAUCAUGUUAGUUUCUGUAUUUAUCAUGUAAAACUAGCUUAUGUUCCCUUCUUCUUUAUACAUACAAAAAUAUACAGAAACGUAAAAAUCC